AAAAUAAAAAGAAGUAAUAAACUGUUUUCAGCGUGAAAAAAAAAUAUGCGGUAUUGAAGUGCGCAUGCCCAGUGGAGGUAGGUGUAACGUUAUCCCGUCAAGCCCUAACCGCAACUUCUGCGUCAUCGUCGCGCCGCGUUCUCGAAAGUACUGGAAGUCCUCGUGUGAGACGAAAUGGCCAGUCAGUCCAUGGAGGUCGUUGCAAAGGCUCUGGAGCAGCAGAUGCUGCAGUCGGUGCGAAUAGUGGAAGAGCAGCUGGAUGCUGAAAUGACCAAACUGGACCGUUUGGAUGAAGAUGAGCUGGAGCAGCUAAAGGAGAGAAGGCUCGAAUCCCUUAGGAAAGCCCAGAAACAGAAGCAGGAGUGGAUAUCUCAAGGACACGGUGAAUACAGAGAAAUUCCAAGUGAGAAAGAUUUCUUUGCUGAGGUGAAAGACAGCAAAAAUGUGAUCUGCCAUUUCUACAGAGACUCAACUUUCAGAAGCAAAAUUUUCGACAAGCACUUGGCUAUUUUGGCUAAGAAACAUCUGGAAACAAAGUUCAUCAAGCUCAAUGUGGAGAAAGCUCCAUUCCUUACUGAAAGGCUGAGGAUUAAAGUACUUCCCACACUGGCUCUGGUGAAGGAUGGGAAGACUAAGGAUUACGUUGUGGGAUUUACUGAUCUGGGAAACACCGAUGAAUUUCCAACUGAAAUGCUUGAGUGGAGACUGGGCUGCUCAGAAAUCAUUAACUACAGUGGGAAUAUUAUGGAGCCACCAGCAGUUGGGAAGAAGGCGGGGUCAAAGUUCACCAAGGUGGAGAAAAAAACCAUCAGAGGCAAAGCACAUGACUCAGACUCUGAAUCGGAUGAGGAUUAGAGAACGCAGAUGUCAAGCCCCAUUUUUCUUAGGGCUUCCUAAUACACAAGUCCUAAAACCAAGAUGUGUUCCUGCCUUGUCUAUUUCAUUUCUUGUGAUGCACCUGUUUUUCUGUUUUAGGAUAACCGAAUAAAGGCACCGUGUUAAUUUAUACUUUUCAUAAACAUUCCUAAAGAGUAGAAAUCUGUUUAAUGUGUUUUCCUUUUUGGCUUUGAUUUAUCAAAUAAGAGUUAGUGUCUUCGAAAAAUGUAAACACCGUUGCAAAAAAUGGAAAUAUGUGUUGCCUCUGAUAAACUGAUGCUCAGUUUCAUAAGCAAACAAGUGCCAAGGAAGCAAGGUUCUGCAUUCCAGUACGAAUUGCCAUCUUUCUCCCGUUGAUGUGAAAGGAAAUGCAGGCUUUUUUCUUUUGUAGCAGUAAAUGACUUAUUAAAACAUUUUAAACGUG